CUCGUGGCCUAUAUUUAUCAUUGUGGCGGCCUAUGGGGCAUGAUUUCUAUAUACAUUCAUAAUAUAUUUCAAGCAUACACCUGUAUAUGUAAAUCCUGAGAAUAAAGCCGCAACCAUGGAAAGUGAAGAAGCUAUUAUGGAAAAUGAAAAUAACUCAAAUGUUGAAUCAGAAUCCAAUACCAGAGUCCGUGAUCAUCAGUUUUUUGAAGAGAAUUAUUCAAAUGAUGUAGAGACAGAAGUAAACAGAGUAACUGAUAUCUUUAAUAAUGUAGAGCAGCAAACAUCAUUCCCUGAUCUUCUAAAUGACAACAGUCCCCCCGAAGAAGUUGGUAUGGAGAUUUUAACAACAGAAGAAAAUCAAAACGCUGUAUCUAUUAAUUAUGCUAAUGGAAAUGAUUGGAUAGAAAAUAGUGAUAUUCCACCAGAAAUAGUUACAAGUGAUGCCUUGACUGGAGAAAGUGAAACGAUAUUUGCACCUAAUGAACCAGUACCUGCAUUGAAUGAGAAUAAUGAGCAAGAAGAGUCUCCAAGCAUUGCUUAUGAAGGUAAAAGUGAGGUCGCAAUGUUCGCUGAAGAACAGGUGGAUGACAAUUUAAACCAGCUUCCUAUUUCUGCAGAAAACCAGUUGCUUAGCAAUACAUUGUAUGAGAACUCUAUAAGCGUGAAUCCAGAAUUAAUGAAUGUAACAGAUGUGGAGUCAGCAGAACACACUGGAGCUGAAGAAGAUUAUACUGUCGUGGAAAACAAUGAAAAAGAUACUAGCGAAGAUUAUGUUGUAGGGGAUAAUGAAAUAAAUAAUGAGAAUACCAACAAUGAUUUAGAUUACAAUGCUGAGAUUGAUGAUAGUAUAGUUACUAGCAAUAACGGAAUUCAAAAUGUGGUGAGUGACGAUUUAGUUACCAUAAACAAUGAAGAUUCCUCAGCUUAUGAUCAGGAAUUUCAAGUUGUAGAAAAGUUCGAUAACAGUAUCUCCAACAUUAAUGACCAUAGUUCUUCAGAUAAAGAAGAUUUUUUUAAAGAAUCUGAUUGCUCUGAUACUACUGCAGUACAGCAAGAGUCUGAUGAUACGAGUCAGAUACAAGAGGUGGAGAAAAGCAUAAAAGAUGGUUUUGACACUUCCAUUGCAUCUGUUGGUGUUCAGGAUACUAAUUUAGAAUCUUCUAACAGUGAGGCUGAUUUGAUGCAAACUACUGAAAUGCCAGUGAUAACUAAUGUGACUUCAGUAGAAGAUAGUGCCAUUGAAAAUACUUCAAAUGUACUUGAUGAUGAAGGCCAUAAAAUUGAUGAAGAUCAAGAUUUGAUUGCAGAAAAUGCUGUUGCAGAUUUGGCAGAAGCUGAUGGUGAGAAAAGAAGAGGUUGCAGUGACAGUGAGCCUAUGGAGCUAGAUGAUUCUUUAAAUAAACAGUCUAAAGAAGUUGUGAAUUAUUCCGUGUCUGGUGAAUCUGUUGAUAUGGAACAAACUGUAAAUGAGACAGAAAACACUGAAGACACUUCUUUAUCGAACAUUAGAAUUGAGAAUGUUUUAACAGGGGCAGAAAGUAGUGACCAGAUUUUAGCUGACUCUUAUUCGCCAUCAAAAUUAUCUGUUGACCAACAAGCUGUGCAUAAUCCAGAUCCAGAAAACCAGCUUUCUCCUGGUUCUAAGGAAAACAGUGAUGAUGCCCCAGUUUCUUUCUCAGAUGGAAAUCAUGACAUUGUAACUAGUGUUAAUGAAGGAGCUGAAGUUAAUAAAGAUACUGGCGUGACCCCCACUGAAAAUGUGGAUAACUCUGUUAACAAUGACUGCACAGAAAAUGGAGUUUCAAAAACGCAAGAGACAGAAAGCGAUGAUGAUGUUAUAGAAAUCCAUGAUAUUAAAAAGGAAUGUAGUAAUGCUGAGACUUCUGGUACUUCAGGCAAAGCAGAUGUUGUAACAGAUAUGAAGGAAGAGUUAGGAACAGGAGAGGAAGUUUCUGGAAAAGGGGAAGAGGAUGUAGUCAUUCUUGAUGAUGAAGGUGAUGUUUACCCAUUAAAGAAAGAGGGCAAUGAACCAAAGAUAAGUGAAAAUGGAUUGGGUAUUCAGAUAUCCUCAGUUUCUGGUCAGCAGCAUCAGCUUCAUGCCAAUGCAGAAUCAACGGAGAGUACUUCUACAGCAGGAAACAGCACUACAAAAACAAAACAGGGAAAGUCAAAGCAGCAAACUUGCAUUGUCUGUCAAAAGCUGUGUCGCUGCAAGUAUAAUAUUGUUCGAAAUGGUGAUACAAAACACUUGUGCGACGAUGCAUGUUUCAAGCAGUUCAGAAAAAGCCCUAGCUCCUUUCUGAAGAGUAAGUGUGAAGUAAAUGUGCAGCCUCAGAAGGAAAAAACAACAAAAACUGCCUAUCAGACACCCCCAGAACCUGAAACCACAGCUAAAACUCCAUCUUAUAAAACAUGUUCAGUUUGCCAGCUCAUGAAUGUUAACGCAACAAAUAUUUUUUGUAACUGGAAAGGUCUUGAUUUCUGUGGAGAGUCCUGUCUUGGGAAAUUUCAAGCAAAUUUGAAUACAUCAUGUUCUUUCUGCCACGCAUAUAUCCCUAUGGACAUGAGAGCCACUUAUUGUUUAAAAAUUGGAAACGAUAUGAGACCUUUUUGUAAACUGAAGUGUUAUUCUGAGUUUAAAAAAAAGUUGCGACUCUGCGCUUUUUGCCAAAGAGAUAUUGCCGCCAUACCUGCUGCAUUCACAGCCAUGAUCGGAUCAGCUGGUAAAUUUAAAGAAUUCUGUUCCCAAGCUUGCUUGAACAAGAUGGAAGAGCGGGUUAGUGUUGUGGAAAUCCUCAGCACUCAGAACCAUGCCCCGGAGGCGUGUUCUGUCUGUGAGAAGCAAGGAAACAUGAAGCACAGUGUCAGGUACCAAGGCAAAACCACCAAGCUUUGCAGUGACCUUUGUUUGACAGCAUUCCAAUACACCAACAAAAUCAACAUGAACAAAUGUGACAACUGUGGAACUAUCUGCACUGCUGAGGAAGCCCAGGCCCAUUUUGUCCAAUUUGAGGGGAUCAUGAAACGGUUCUGCAGUGAUCACUGUGUUAUUACAUUUAGGAAAAGCAAUAGCAAAGUGGUUCCUUGUGGUUGGUGCACAACAAAGAGGCUGAAUUUUGAUAUGAUAGAGAGGCUGGAUGUAGAGAACAAAUACCAGAUGUUUUGUUCCUUAAAUUGCCUGUCACUCUAUCGUGUUAAUCUCCAAGCUAAAUCUAAUCAAGCUGUCCCGUGUGACCAUUGUCGGAAGGUUGUUCCAGCCCAGUAUCACCUUACAAUGAGUGAUGCCUCUGUUCGCAAUUUCUGUUCCUAUGUGUGUGUAAUGACGUUUCAGUCUCAGUUUAUCGCAAAACAACCUGCACCAUUUACACCAGCACAGCCAGCACCCCCAGCUCCACCACUGCAGCAGAAGCCUACAUCUAAAGGUCGGCCAAGAGGUCGUCCCCCAAUUUCAGCUUCGCAACAGGCCCCAUCAUUUCCUGUUAUAUCAAAUGUAAUUUCUUUAGCUCCCCAGGGAGGUGACAAGCAGCAGACAGUUAAUAUUCAGUCCCCUUCCAAUGUAGCAGUUGUUGUAAAUGCUCAGACCAAUACCGCAACUGGCAACAUGGUGCCAAGUGGAGAUGGCAAGCAUCAGAUUCUAAUUCAGGCACCGCCCUCAAAACAAGUGAAGAAUAAAUCACUUCAGUGUAAACCUAUUACCCAGACUAAGGCAACUUCCUGCAGACCACAUUCUCAGCCUAAAGAAGUACAAACAGAUGAGGUGACACCAAAGUCCAUUAUUAUACCAAUACCAGUUCCCAUAUACAUACCGAUGCCUACAGUGAUGUUUACUGCUCCAACUCCAAAACUUGUCCCAUUUCCAAUUCCUAUCCCAGUACCAAUAUUUAUACCCACCACCAGGAAGUCUAUCAAUGGGAUUUCUAAAGCUAUAAGGGAAAUAGUUGAACGUAUUCCUGCCGACCCCCUUGAAGCAGAAUUGCUAAUGAUGGCUGAGGCUGUUGCUGCUGAUAAAAGACCUGGAGACAGUGAUACUGAUUCUGAAAAUGAAAUGGCUAAUGAUGAUUUCGGAGUCCCAGAGGAGGAAGAAAUUCGUCCAGUACAGAAAGAAGAAGAUCCUGUGUUAAUGAGAAAAAGAGAAGGACAAGGAGAGGAAGACAUGAUACAAAUGGCAUUGCGAAUGGCAGAAGAGAUGUCUGGCCCCAUAGAGGAUCUUGAAAGUUCAGUGGAACCUGUUGCUGUUAGCUCUGAUCCACCAGGCUCACAUCAUGUGAUUUCAAAUUAUGAUAACCCAUUGGAUGAAGACUACACCCCAUCUAGAACUGCCAGAGGUAGAGGAAUAAAACGGCAGGGUCGAGGCAGACCACCUUCUUCUAGACCAAAACGACAGCGUAUUGAAAGACAUUCUUAUACUGAAGAUGACUCAAUGGCUUCACCAUCUCAACAAUCACAGUCUUUGGAACCCCCACCUGAUGCUAACUACCGUUUAAAAUUCACAUAUGGAGUGAAUGCUUGGCGCCAUUGGGUUAUCAGUAAAAACGCACAGAUUGAAAAAACAAAACAAGCAACUGGUAGUGUUCGCAUGAGGACAUUCCCAACAGAUAUCUUGAAAUGUACAACCGAUGAACUAAAUUUUACAUUAUGUAUGUUUAUUAAAGAAGUCAGGAAGCCAAAUGGGGAAGAGUAUUCACCAGACAGCAUUUAUUAUCUUUGUUUAGGAAUACAGCAAUACCUGUAUGAAAAUGGUCGCAUUGACAACAUAUUUACGGAUCUUUAUUUUGAGAAGUUCACAGACAGUUUACAUGAAACCUUAAAAACUCUACAGCCUAAAGUUAAUAGCCAAGGGCAGAUGUUAUGUCGCAUUGAGGAAGAACAUUUGUGGGAAAGCAAGCAGCUUGGAGCUCAUUCUCCUUUCGUUCUUCUAAACACCCUGAUAUAUUUUCACACAAAGCAUUUUAUUCUGAAGACAGCGCAGGAGCACAUGUCUUUAUCAUUUGCCCAAAUACUUAAACAUUGGAAGAAAGGGGUGCCUGUUAAAGGGCAGGCUGCGUCCAGUGGGAAAAAUGUCUCUUUAAGAUUUUACUGCUUAGCCAAUGGUAAAAAAGAUGGAUUAGCUGCUCGGAAGAAUAAAGAAGGUGUUCCCGUUUAUGAAGUGACAGAGAAUUUUGAAAAUCCUUUACGCUGUCCAGUAAAGCUGUAUGAGUUUUUUCUGUCUAAGUGCCCUGAGAGCAUUAAGAACAGGAAUGACAUAUUCUACCCAAUCCCAGAGCGCUCUUGUGUACCAGAUAGUCCUGUCUGGUACUCUACACAAUCAGUAGAUAUUCACACUAUGGACAAAAUGUUGACUCGUGUGCUCUUGGUCAGAGAGAUACAGGAAUCCCAUCUACAUGCACAGCCAAUUUAUUUGUAGUCAUUGUAAAAAAAUCUAUUUCAUGCUUCCUAAAUUUCUGUGAAAACAUUGCCAAAUGUAAUAGAAAUUUUACACAUUUUGUAGUAUGCAAUGAUUUGCACAUUUGACUUUAAAAUUGUUUAUGUUUAGCCACAAAAUACAAAAGAUCAUGCAUAUAGUGGAAAAGGAUUUGAGAAAGAUUUUUUGUUUUUACAUUUACUAUUUGAUUUGAUAAAAAAAAAAACACUGUUCAUGUUUAUGUUGUGAGCUCCACCUUUAAAUGCAAUCAACUUUUAUUUUACACUCUACAUACAAUAAAAAAAACAUUUCUACAUGUUUAACGGUUGCUUAAUUGUAAUUAACUGCGCAAACUGUAUAAAAGCAAUGCAUUUUAAGUAACAAUUUUAAAACUUGAUUACUGUAAAUAUACCGGUACUGUUUAAUAUUUUUUUGUUUACUUCUGGUUGAUAAUUCAUUAAACCAGGCUGUGACCAAAUUAUGGAUUUUUUGUUUUGCAUGGUUUUAACACUAUUGAUAAUUCAGCAGAACCAACAUCUGUGAAACAUUAAGUAGUAAAGAUAUUUUCUAGACCUAGCCAUCCAUUUGGAUGUUUCUUGACCUCUGCAUUAUUUGGUCAGCAUUAUGCCCAGCGCCUUUACUUUCCCUAACAUAAGUUAGGUACGUGUCAGAGCUGGGUGGCCUUGGAUGUUCCACUGACCAGAACACAGAUUUGAACUCAAGACUUUUAGGUUACCA